UCGGCGGCGAGGAGCCAAUAGGGGGCGGUGUUGUUGGGAGGACGGCGUUGCUAGGGAGGGCUGAGGUGAUGGCGGCGGGCCUGGGCCUGCUGUGGCCGCGGGCCGCCGGCGGCAGUUUUCUCCUCCUGCGGCGCGUCGCGGCCGCUCCCUUCCAGCUCCGGGCGGUGUCCGUCCUGUCAAGGUCCCGGGAGCAGCCCCUCGGCCUCGCCGGCCCGGUGCCCUCCUGGAGCCUGCAGCAGGUUCGCCUCAAGGCGCGGGGGAACGAGUACCAGCCCAACAACCGCAAGCGCAAACGGACCCACGGCUGGAUCAAGCGCAUCAGCGCACCGGCAGGCAUCGAGGUUAUCCUCCGACGCAUGCUGAAGGGCAGGAAGUCCCUGAGCCACUGAGGGCUUGGCCCGAGGGAUUGGUUUGGGGUGCAGCGAGCCGGAACCGAGCCCGAAAAGUGCCACGGAUUUGGAGUGAUGCAGCCUGAGCGCUUCUACUGAGGGAGGCUGUGACGGGCAGCAGCACCCGGCUGCCCCUUCUGUGUUGAAAGCGCAAGAGGAAUCACCCUGGUUUGAGAGCGGUCUCCAAAGGCUUUGUUUAUUUGGCUGCUUUUUUAAUUGUAAGGUCUUUGCCAUUCGUAUGUGUGAUUGUAAGAUAAACUUGUGGAAAACACAAGCUGUAAUUAAAGCCUAGCAACUUUUA